UUUAAGAUCACUGAGAAUUUCUACUUGUGGAGAAAGGAAUGGGGCUACGCAAAUUUAGAGCUGCACCCUUACAUGUUCAGCUGCAAAGUUCCGUUCCAAAAUCGGGUGCCGGAAUCUGUAUCAUUGGUGGUCAACCCCUGCGAUAACGCCACCAACAACCUCAGGGUCAUCUACAACCCUGCUCCCCUAGGGAAAAAGAAGCACUUUGUUAUGUGCGUGAAGGCGCUCAACUUCCGACAAAAGGCCGACUCCUCUGUCAGACUGGUCGAGUGGUUGGAAAUGCACAAAAUUCUGGGCGCUGACAAAAUCGUCAUUUACGAAUAUCAGGUGCAUCCAAACAUGUCAAAAGUGUUGGAAUACUACAAAUCAACAGGUCUUCUGGACGUGGUCAAAUUCUCCUUGCCAGGGUACCACGCCAACAUCCCUGACUUCAUGUCCAUAUUUCUGCGACACAGAGCCGCGAUCCAGUUUCUCCUCGAACUGAUCCAGUACAACGAUUGCAUGUACAAGCACAUGUACAUGUACGAUUUUGUCGUCGUCGUCGACGUUGAUGAGGUGAUUUUGCCAUUGAGCACUGACACCUGGUACGACCUGAUUUACAAAAAGACCAUCCCAAAAGUAGCCAAUGUAAAACCACCACCUGCUGGCUUCGUAGUGCGCAACCUGAUUUUCGCCGACGAUAAGGCCGAAUUGCAGGACUGGUACCCUGAUAUUCCCAGAUACAUGUACCUUCUUCAGAAUGUCCAACGUAACGUGAAUUACACUUAUCCACCUGGGGACGGCGUCAAGGCGUUCCACAACCCGCAAAUCGUGUUCGCCCUUCACAACCACCUGCCUAGGCAGUGCAUUGGGCACCCUGACGGAUGGUGUCCGUUACAUGAUUUUGACCUGAAGGACGUGCACAUGCAGCACUACUGCACCGGCAAGGAAAAAGACGAGUGCAAGUUGCAUAGAGGCGUCAAUUUGUCAGUGGACACUUCGAUUUGGAAGUACAAUGACCGACUAACUGAGGCCACUGGCAGAAGUCUCAGAGAAAUUGGACUGUUGUAAAGGGAAGGGAAGGUGAAAAGGCUGGACGUGUUGCAUGAGGCUCGAUGCUGCUUCUCCACCGGAACGUUUUCAAACAAAAUUGUCUUUUUGAAUCAACUAAAAGAAUCUCCUUUCUUAAAUGCAUGUUCUUGAAUUUUUGGUACAAGCUGUUUGAAAAACCAGGAGCUAUUUUUUCGUUUGAUUUAUUACUACUAGAAUUGAUUACUAUGCGCAAAAUAUUUGUUCUUGUCAUUUCAUAAAAUAAAUCGCUGAAAGCUGAUAAUGUAGUAUUAAAGGG